AUGGAUGCUUUUAUAUCAAGAAAAAAGCGAAAGUUGUCUGGCUCUUCUUCAUCACAAAUCCCAGACACUAUCGAACAUAUCAAUGCUCUCAGUGUUCCGGAUGAUGAGUCUACAGAUUUUAAGCUGGCCCUACUAUCAUCUUUACAUCCUAACAUUGAACAAGAAGUCCUUCUUGAAACUUUACUCGAUCACAACGGUGAAGUCGAGAAGGCGUCGGCUUCCUUGUCAAAUCCAGACACCACCUCUUUGCCAAUAGCCAAGAAAUCAUCCGCGGUAGGAUAUCAAAGUUCUCUUUCUACAUUUAUCUCGAGUGAGAACUCCACAAAACGAGUAAAGACUCUACCUAAGAAAGGCAAAACUCUUCAUUUAUAUUCUCCUGAAGAUGUAGCAGCUCAUACUCCUUGUUCUAUUAUACAUAAUUUUCUCCCGUUGGAAGAAGCCAAUGGUUUGCUUGAGGAAUUGUUGAAGGAAGCAACGACUUUCGAUAGAAUGGCUUUUAAGUUGUUUGAUAAUGUAGUUACGAGUCCUCACACAGCUUGCUUUUAUGUUGAAAGUCUGGAAGAAGAAAAGGCUCAGAAGACUGAAUAUAUCUAUAAUGGUGAUCUUUUAACGGACGUUCGUCAACUAACUCUACAAAUGAGGAAGAUCUCACCCAAAGUUCAGGAUGCUGUCAAUUCAGAAGUCGCAAAACGAAUUAAAAAACAUUAUCCUAAUGGCCAAAAGCUCAAGUACCAAUCACCUGAAAAAUGGAAACCCAACGCAGCAUUUGUGAACUGCUAUAACGGUGGCGCAGAAAGUGUGGGAUACCAUAGCGAUCAGCUCACCUACCUUGGACCACGUGCGGUGAUUGGGUCAAUAUCUUUGGGUGUUGCCCGCGAAUUUCGUGUCCGACAAAUUUUUCCCCAGGAGAUAGAUUCGACGGAAAAAAGCAAAGAAUCAUCCGAUGCAGAAGGUCAAAUCGCUAUUCACCUUCCACAUAACUCCUUGUUGGUCAUGCAUGCCGAAAUGCAAGAAACUUGGAAACAUAGUAUUGCACCAGCACAAGCCAUAGAUCCUCAUCCAAUUUCGGGAAAUAGACGAAUCAACAUCACCUAUCGAGAUUAUAAACCUUCAUUACAUCCUAAAUUCACGCCAAAAUGCAAAUGUGGGGUACCUACUGUCUUGAGGGUUGUCCAAAGAAAGAAGGAGAAUUUGGGUCGAUAUUUUUGGAUGUGUCAUGCUGGAAAUGUUCCUGGAAAAGAAGGGUGUACAUAUUUUGAAUGGGCCGAAUUUGAUGAUGAUGGUAAUCCGGUGUGGAAUAACAAAAAUGGGGAUUGA